AUGGCGGCGCAGUGUGCCCAGGAGAGCAUCUACAACCUCCUGCCCCGCCUGGAGGAGAAGCCUGUCAAGCCUCCCAGGUAUAUAUCCACAUUUAGACCAUCAGUGAAAUGUGAAGUAGCGAAAAAUAAAGCUCAGUGGAAAACUAUGGGACCAGCAAAAGUUGCAGUGCCAUCUCCAAAAAACUUUCUGCAGAAACAUUCAAAGGAACCCAAGCUACCAGCAAGAAAAAAAGAACAGGAUAGUAAGAAACUGCCUGCAUUAUCAGUGCCACGGAGGACAGAUCACCCAGUUAUGGGAAUUCAGAGUAAAAAGAAUUUUAUAAAUAUGAAUGCAGUUGCUGCUAUCACAGGAUUGCCUAAAAAACCUCAACCUAUUUAUGUUGAUAGAAGACAGGGAGAUAAAUAUCUGCUUGAGACUUCAGGACUUGUUCCAAAAUAUAUUAAAAAACCGGAUUAUGGUGUUACACCAAAAUAUGUAACACAGCGAAACGAAGAAAUGAAGAGAGCUCAGAGGGAAUAUGAGGCCAGUAUCUUGGAGCAUCUCAAGAAAAGAGCCAUGAAACGGCUAUCUGAUGAAGAAAGGAGAAGUCUUCUGCAGGGGCUGAAAAAGAACUGGGAGGAAGUGUAUCAUGAAUUUCAGGGUCUUUCGGUAGAAAUAGACACCGUGCCCAAGAAGUUAUAUAAAGAAAAGCUGGAAUCACAGAUGAAGCAACUGGAGCAUGACAUAGAAGUAAUUGAGAAGCACAAAGUUAUCUACAUUGCAAAUGAGUAA